CAGCAAUUGUGGGAUUUCUUGCCCCUUGCACGCUUGUCGUUACGAUGAUUUUCUCAAAUAGCGUGUUACUUUUGUGUUCCAAAAUUUAACUUCAGAUUCAUUUCUUUAGAAAAUGAAAACGUACAUCACAAACAGUAUCCAGAAUCAUGAAACAGGAAUGUACCAAAUAUCAAUUCAAGAUCAAAAACGUAGUCCAGAAGAGAAAAAUUAUUCCAAAGUGAUACAGAAAAUCCUCAUGCCUGAAACUUAGGAUCUAUUAACUUUUAUUUUAAUAUCAGUGAUGCAUUAUUUUAUCCCAAACAUAAUUCACUUAGUUUCCCCGCCGUAAAGUAAAAGCGUCGAAAUGGCACCAAGCGCAGAGCUUGAAGAGAUCUCAUUGCCAUUAGGAAAUAAGAUAUCUGACAUAGCAAUAAUUAUAAUUAACCUUACGGAGACGGAGGAAGCUCCUUGGAAUAUCUCAGAUUGGACGAACAGCUCUUUAAUGGAAGACAUGACAGUAUACCAGUACGUUGAGAUGAUAUUAAAGGGCACAGUACUGGCAACCAUCAUACUGCUCACCAUAUUCGGAAACCUCCUGGUCCUACUAGCUGUAGGAUUUACUUCUAAUCUUCGUAGCACGACAAAUAUCUUUAUUGUAAAUCUUGCAGUAGCUGAUCUUCUCCUGGGAUUGAGCGUCCUUCCUUUCUCAGCUUUUCUGGAAUUGAAUAACAAGCAAUGGAUCUUUGGUACCACCUUUUGCAAUAUCUGGGCAGCUGUUGAUGUCCUAUGCUGCACAGCUUCUAUCAUCAGUCUCUGCGUGAUUAGCGUAGACCGCUACGUAGGAGUCACCCGACCUUUGGCAUAUUCCAACAUUGUGACCCAUACCCGAGCUGUUGUGGCCUGCUUUGCAGUCUGGAUCGUUUCUACCGCCAUUUCUGUGGGUCCGUUGUUUGGAUGGAAAGAGCCUCCUCCGCCAAAUCCGUAUGUAUGUGAGGUGACCAAGCAGCUCGGUUACGUGCUCUUUUCGGUCACCUUCUCUUUCUAUCUCCCCAGCGCCAUAAUCUUCCUCGUCUACUUUCGUAUCUACAAAGCCGCAGUGAAGCAAACCAAAUUUCUCGAGACUGGCGUCAAAGUAGUCAAAUCGGCUGGCCAUGAGACAACCAAAGAGUUGACCUUAAGAGUACAUGCUGGCGCUCAUCAUGUCCUUUCUGCUGCUGCCCGCAACGGUACAUAUGGAGACAAGACUAGUAUCAAGAUGACGAUGGCUAAUUUGCAAGGACGUCUGGCGAAAUUUAAGAGACAAAAGAAAGCUGCUAAGACCCUUGGCAUCGUUGUGGGCGUUUUCAUACUCUGCUGGUUUCCAUUUUUCUUCAUUCUACCUCUCGGUACUCUGUGUCGUCAAUGCUACAUCCCUGAUCUUCUCUUUGAUAUCUUCUUCUGGACCGGAUACUUCAAUAGCUGCUUGAAUCCCAUUAUAUACGCUUGCUCCAGUCGCGACUUCAAACGAGCAUUUCGUUCUGUUCUGCACUGCGCUGGUUUGGGAUCAGACCGGGACCUCCAAUCCUUCCGCGCCCGCACUAUCAACUUCACCCUACGUAGCACUCGUAGAUCCUCCGAAAAGAAGGAGUCCGGUUCCCCUGGCCUCGACCCGGAAAAAAUUGCUUUCGAUGUAACCAAAAUUCCACCUCUCAUCCAACCUCAAUACUCCCUGGAUAGCGAGUCGCCUGGCAGCAUAAAUGAAAACAACGAGGAUGAUGAGUUGCCACCUUCCUACCAGAGCAUCGCCGCGCCAACCAUUGCCGAAGCAAUCAAGAGAGUAAAUUCAGUAAUUCGAGCCGGAUCUGGUACCGACACCGAUUGCACCGUUAUUGGUUCUUCGGAGUGACAGUAUGGCCCACAGCUGUCAGGUGUGGAAAAAAAUUGCUUCUGAUUAUCAGAUGAUAUCUUUUGAAGAGCCGUUCUUCAUUUCACCAUAUGGCGAUGAUGCUGUAGUAGUGAAUCAUUCGCUGGUGAAAAGCGGUUUCUUGGCCUAUCAAUUUCUUGGUCUAGACCAGGAAUUGAAGCGUCAGCUUCGCCACGCAGGGCACUAUUGGUUAGAGCAGUGUUUCUCUAAUGUACCACCUAAUGUUGCGGUUGAUUUGACUGUUAUUUUCUUAAGCUGCUCACCAUGUUUAUAUUAUCACAUGCUUUUAAAAACAAGUGCUUGUCUUUCUGUUAAGCUUUUAUUCCUUUUAAAAGCACAUAUUUUGCAGUUUUUUUUUUUUUUUUUUUUUUUUUUUUUGCUGAUGCAUUCUCCUGCGAGUUUCAGGAGAAUGAAAAACUUUUUUUUACAUUUUCAACUGCACUUUUCUGUGUUUGAAUGCUCAAAACUUGCGUUUUUAUUUGUCUUCCUGUCUGUACCAAACACAGAAGUUUAAAUGUUUUGUGACACUCAUUACCUCAAGAAUUAUUUUUUCAAUUUACAUGUAGUCAAUUGUCCGAAACCUAGACUUACGUUUUUCUCUAGUCUAGCAAUACUUGUACUCCUAUACACCCUUAUUUAAAUCCAGUCGUUAUUGUGAAAUUUGAUGUUGUUUAUAUUUUUACUGUAUGGGGGGAGGAGACUUCUGUGCUGAAUGAAAGCUUUAAUGAGUUUACUUGAUAAUGUUACAUAAUUAGGAGUUUUUUAAACCAAAUUUCCAUAUGUCAUAUAGUGCUGUUUCCUACACGAUCCAAGAAAAUUGGUUGAAACCUUCGUUUAUGACUUACGAAACCACUCACUGAAUGUUUCAUUUCGUACCCAGUAUUCAGAAUGCUCAAAAUUUAUUUUAGUCUGCGUGAUGACUUUAUUCUGCAACUGUGGUUUGAACAUUUGUAAUACUAGUGUUUCUUACACAAAGCACGUGGCACAUAAUGUUUAGGUAAAAUCUGAUGAGAUAUUGUAUAUUUGUGCUGUUUUCACAAAACACAUGUGGUUUUAAUUUCCUUUAUGUUCGUAAGCGUCUAGCAGCAGCCGUUAUAUGUAUGUUAGAUGCAUGUGAAAUUGUCAGCUAAUCGCGAUUAGCAACUCACUGAAGUUUGCAUGAAAGAUCCUAAUGUAUUUUGUCUUCAAAUAAUGCUUCGAUUUGUGAUUGCUGAUGAAAUUUGAGUGUGAAAUCUCUCAUCCACUGUUUGAAAUAUCCAUUACCUCCAAUGUAAAGAGUGAUUAGAUCUUCAGUGAAUACCUUCAAGCAGAUUUCAAAGUAAACUAAAGUUCACUAACUUAAUGUUGUGCCAGAGCUGAGUAAAAUUAUGUUUGUUAUGUUUUUUAGAUGUUUUGUAAAUAGUAGUAGUUUUGUCAGAGAUGUUGGUAAGAAAUUUCAUUUACUUAUUCUGUCAUUUUAGUUACCAUAAAUAUUAAUUGCAUGUCCUUAAUUAACUCGAUAUGAUGGUUACUUACAAAGUAUCAUACGCGCUUGUAAUGCGAUAUAGCAAUUUCUAUUUCAAGUUGCGUCUUACGUCUAAAAACGCUAAUUAUCGAUUAAACAUCCAUAUACGACUAGGUGUUUACUAUCAUAUUGGUUUCUUUCUGAAUUUUAACUAGUACUCUUUUUGCCAAUCUAUAUUCUUGCUAUAAUUUUUACAUCCAUUUCUAAUCAACUGUGACUAUAAGGUAACCUUUUAACCGUGGAUUGUAAGUACAUUUUACAUAACUAUCUCAUUAUUAUAAGUUAUGAGCCUGAAGUAGGAAAGGUAAUAUUGCUUGUAUCAUUAAGUACCUACUUUUGCGAACGCAUCCAAUCAAAACGAAAUAGCAAACUCUUUAAAUAUGCAUGCGAAAUAUUUCAUAUUAGUAAAGUUAUUAAAGGGAAUUUAUAGGCUUCAUUCUAGAAUGUUUUCAAAAUUACUUAAUGAUACUGAACUGUCAGCCAAACUUCAAGUGAAAUGUUCUUAAUUUUAAAAAAAUAAUAUAGUGUACAGAAAAUUAUAAAAAUACGAAUUUAUGAGAAAUUUUGAAUAUCUGCAAAAUCACAAAUUAUCUACGUUCACAUUAAUUGUUCUGCUAUUACAACUUUAUUUUCUGAAAGUAUAAAAUGUAAUUAAAUAACAUUAAUUGUGAGCGAGCAAAAUUUUAUAAAAAGCAGACAAUUUAUAGACCUUACGCAUAACCUGAUAAAAGUACUGCUCAAUCUGUAUUGUUGCCAAAGUUUACUUUUUUCGAUUUUGACAAUUGCUGCCAAGUUCAGCAUUCUUUGGCAACCUAAUGGAGCAUCUGUUGUUUUACUAGCCUCAAAUAUUGCUAUUAGAUUUUCGACAGAGCAAGACUUCACCAACAAUUAAGACUGUUAGUAGAUACUAUACUAUGACAAGUAUAAUUUUCAUUAGUUUAUCAUCAGGAUAAGCUGCCUAAUAACAAAAG